CGGUAAAAAUAGUAAACUCUGGAAGAGUCCUGCUACCGGUGGGCCGCCACAUUCGCCGCUAGCUAAGUUAGUCAGUCAGCUUCGUUGAAGUAGUUAGGGCGGGAUCUCUCUCUCUCUACUCCACUGUCAGCUUAAUUCUAGCAAGAUGGCGAAUAUCAUGGCUGCAUCGAUGUAUAUGAAGAUUGCCUUGGUGUGCAUGUUGGUAGGCACACUGUUGUUUGUGAUCGGCUUCUCCACAGUGUCCUGGAUGGUCUCUAGCGCCUACAACAGAUGGGAGGCCCGUGGAGUAUGGAAAGUGUACAGUUGCGGGACUUCCUUCUGCACCUAUUUGUCCUAUGGUGCUUGGACUUACUUCGGACGCAAUGAUUACGAACACGUACGAGCGACCCAGGCCCUAGAGUGUAUCGGCCUCAUCUUCGCCCUGGUGUCCCUUCUGGUGCUGCUGUUGUACCUGCUCGUGGACAGCUGUAGACGCAGGAACUCCCUCAUCGCCUUCGUCGUCUGCGUCUUCGCUGCAGUGUUCUUCAUCGUGGUGGGUAUUGCCGUGUUCGCCAUCAAGCUUGGUUACAGUUACCACGUGGGCUGGUCCAUGGGCUUCGCCAUAGUCGGCGCCAUCUUCAUGUUCGUAGGUGGAAUCAUGGGCAUCCUACAGUUGACUUGCCGGUAGUUCCGUCACGUGAUAGACUUUUAACCAAUCAGAGCUCGAGGACAUGCGGUGGCGGUUCUGCACGGGACUGUUGGUUGUUUGUUCGCUCAUGUGAUUUGCUUUGACGUUUACACUCAAGCAAGGAGAGGAAAGUGCUCUUAUAACCUUCUUCCGUAUUGUCAGAAACUAUUUUACUAUAUUUAUACUUUUUUCUGCUUUUCUAUUGAAUUUUGUCUUUGUAGGUAACUUUUAAUAUGUAUUUUUUAUCCAAAGAAAUGAAGUGAAAUACUCAUUUUUGUUAAUUGAAAUAAUGUUAUAGGUGGACGCGGGUAGCAAAUUGAACUGUUUUAUCUCACGUUCAUCAGGAACACAUGACCGUGAAGGGAAACAUAUUUCUUCACUUGGUCGGAAAUUCAGGUCGGGUCUUCCAUUGGUCACGCGCCCUAGGUAAAUGAGUCGUUUGUUUGAAGAUGUUUUUCUUCCCACGACACAUACCUAAAUCAUCAGGUUUGGGACUGCCUGCAGCAGGGCCAAGAACAGUCGGGUCGGGUAAGGCCAGAGGGUAAUGCUAAAUAUGGAUUGCUGAAUAUUAAAACGAAACUUGUGUUUCUGGGAAAUAUAUCGAGCAUCAUUUAUUCAAGCUGUGUGGCUAACCGUAUCAUGCCUUCUUUUGUAUUUUGUGCUUUAAUAUUAAAAUACCAUCGUGGCUUCUUUAUAACAUACGCUGUUAUAUUUUUGAAGAUUCUAAAAAGCGCACACAUUAUCAUAUAGAUUUGCAUUCGUUUCGAUAAAUCUAAAUAAAAUAAAAGUGAUAUUUAAUCCUCAUGAAUUAUUGAUUGGUCAGGCGUGCAUUGACAAUUCAACGUGAAUUCCAAAUUCAUAUGUCUGUCGGGUGGCACGGCGGGCCAAGUCGUCGAAUGCGCCACAGAGUUGCCUCCCUUGCGCACGCCAGAAACCUAUGAUCGUUGGUUCGAAUCAAGUUCGCCCCCGAUUGUUUCUCGGCUUGUCAGCACCAUAGUCGUGCUCGUGGAUUUCACCGAAGUGGUAAACGUCAGGGACAUACAUGACUUCGGGUUUUCCUCCCCCGUUAAGCUGACACGCCGUAAUAUAACUGGAAUACUGUUCACAGCGGCGUUAAACGCACGUGUCUGUCUUAUGAAGAAAACGGAAUGAGAUUCGGAAUACAAAAACUAUUUGAUUAAGUAUGGUAAUUUUCCGUGUCUGUCGUAAGCAUAAUAAUGUGGCAACUCUAGAUGUGUUUCCAGAGUAACACCUGAUGAGUUCCCUAUACUUCUGUGUUAAGAUUAUGUUCACAUUUUCACACGUUCAUCUUGAUAACAGUUUGUAUUUUGUAUCGUUAUAUAAGGAUGUAAGUUUUCUUCCGUUAUAUUGGAUCUGCUUGUAUACUUUGCAAUGAUUUUUGUUCUUCUAUACAUUUACAGCUUGUUAUACGUUCUUCCCCUAUACCACGGGGGUUUCUGUUCUUGUGAUCUCGGUUGUAGCGCUUGUCAUAGUGUACUAGAUGUAGUCAGUCAACACUGAUGUACAACCGGAAGUCGGCACUUGUAUCUGUCAGUCUCACACCUUGCCAUAAUUAUUUAGAUGUGGUGUUAAUUGAAAGCAACUGUUGUCCUAACUUUGUGAGUUGAAUAAAUGUCUUUUGUAAUGGUA